UCGCCUGGAUUUACUUUGGUUCGCGCUGUUUCCCGGCGACGAUCCUUAUUUCGGGCGAUAACGCCUUUUUAGGCAUUCCCCGUUAUCCUUAUCAGUGACGUUAUCAGGCGCGGCUCGGAGGAGGGGCGCGGCGGGCAGGAGGCGCCGCCGCAGGUGUCGCGGCCGCGCUCGACUCUGUACCGCCUCUCGUCUCUCGGCCAACUUUAACGACGUGCAGGCCGGCGAGCGGACUCCGAGGACCCCGUCGUCCGCAGCAGGUGCCGGAUCAGCAGCAGCUGACUGAGCUGGCCCUCGCAGGAUGGCGAGGACAGGACGGAACGGACCACUGCGGUGCGUAGGGGCCACAGAGACCGAUCAGAGAGUGACCAGUAAAGUUGGAGGGUUGUCCCCGCACUGCGCUCGGCCCCGGCGCCCGCUGCGGCUGUUCGCCUCGCCGCGGUCCUCGCUGCACCGCUCCCCGCGGCCGCGCUCCUCCUCGGCGCGCUCGCCGUCGCCGCGCUCCCCCAGCUGGGGGCGGCCGCCACCCCCGGGCCUCCCCUGCCGCCUGCCGCUCGGCUCCCCGGGCCGCACCCCGGGCCGCCCCGCCCGCGGCGCCCGCGCCAAGGCCUCGCUGCGAGUGCGCGUGCAGGCGCGCGCCAAGGCCGCCUUCAUGAAGAAGUUCUCGAGCAGCGCGUCGGCCUGGGUGACCAGCCGGCCCAACAGCACCUCCACGCCCAUCGUCCCGAACAACAAUAACAACAUCUACACCAAGGACGUGGAGGCGGCCGCCACCACGCCGACCUCCAGGGGGACGGCGCCGGCGGCGCAGCAGCAGUCGAGCCUGCCGCAGUCCUUCGCCGUCAAGGUCCUGGGCUGGCGCGAGUCGCGCGGGCUGUGGGGCGUCAAGCACACGCGCGCGCCCGUGGACGCCAUGGUGGCCACGGCGCGCGCCCUGCCCGCGGGCCAGGGCCUGGAGCGCGCCACGCUCGAGGUGUCGGCCGAGGGCGUGAGCGUCGACGGCAAGCUGCUGCCCAUCGACUGCAUCUCGUACGGCGUGCAGGACCUGGUGUACACGCGCGUCUUCUGCUGCGUGCUCGUGUCCCGGCCGGACGCGCCCGGCCCGCCCUUCAAGUGCCACGCCUUCGUGUGCGAGUCCCGCGCCCAGGCGCGCGCCCUCACCUACGCGCUCGCCGCCGCCUUCCAGGAGUACAGCCGCUCCGUGAAGCAGCGGCAGGCCGCUCCCGCCGCGCCCGCCGCGCCGCGGGUCGUGGACCUGCGCACCCCGGAGGACAUCGCGGCCGAGAUGCUGUCCCACUGCCAAGACUCGGAGGCGUAGACGGGCUCGGGUGGGAGGCAACCUCAGUGAGCCUGUCAUACACAAUAUCGUUUCAAAAAUGUUUCGAUAUAGAUUCUAUAUCGUUUCAGCUCUCAUUCUGGCCGCUGCGACCUCGUUAUGGUUCUGCCUCCCCUCGGUGCCAAGCCUCACCUCGCUAAGUUGUGUAAAAUAACUUUCAAUGGACUGUGAUUUAAUUUUUAAGUGACUCGUUUUAAGCCGAUAGUGUGUGUAAUACGUGUUUUUGAGCAUGGAUCAGGAUAAAAAGCAACGUUCUUGUUCUGCUGUUGCAUGUAUUUGUUUUCGUAAGCGCGUUUGUCUGUGUGUGUGAGCGCGUCCGCGAGCUCCCGUGCGAACAAAAUCAGCGAGAAAGAGAAAGGGAGAGAGGGAGCAAUAUUAUACUAAGUUGUGUGAAGAGCUGAUCCAUGGCGGAUUUGAAUGGGGGUGAUGCCAUGCCUCAUUGCCUACUCACAGGCAGAAAGUAGUGCGUUGGGGUUGGGGGCUACUAAAGUGUAUGGAGCAGAAAACGCGUGUUUGUCCGCAACCCAGUACUAAGGUUGUUAAUGUAUAUAUUGAAAAUUGAAGUGAUUUAAUAAAAACAACUGAAUACAAUUUUA